AUGACACGAAAAAGUGUAGCUAUUAUUGGUGCAGGUCCAUCGGGUCUGGUCGCAGGUAAAGUUCUUGUCGAAGAUGGUUUCGAUGUAACAAUAUUUGAUCGGCAAAAAACUCUUGGUGGUAUUUGGUCUCCAGAUGGCGCCUAUGCUAACUUGUGCAGUCAACAAUUAGCCGGUUUUAUGGAAUUUUCAGAUUUGCCCGAUCUUGAAGCUAAAGAGAAUGCUCCUUGGCAAGAUAUCCAUCGUUACUUGAAGAGAUAUGCAGAAAAGUUCGAUUUAGUCAAACGAAUUCGAUUUCAAAGUACUGUCACAUCGAUCGAUAAGGAUAAUUUAAGGGAUCCAACGCUUCCAUGGACUGUCAAAAUUGAAACAGCUGAUCAGCAACAUCAAACAUUACGAUUUCACUUAGUCGUUGUAGCUAAUGGUCUCUUUUCCACGCCUUUCCAGCCCCAUUUUCUUGGUCAGAACAAAUUUGCCGGUCCGAUCGUUCAUGCAAAUAACAUCAAAACGCACGAACAAUUGAUGGAUAAACGUAUUGUGGUUAUUGGUGGCGGUAAAGCUGCUAUUGAUUUCGCUUCAUUAGCUGGAAAGUACGCACUUUCAUGCCAUUUGGUCAUUCGCCGUCCUCAUUGGUUCGUUCCGGAAUCGCCUUUUAACGAUCGUUUACCGGCAGAAUAUGCAUACUCACGAUUUAUGACGACUAUUUUAGAUCCAUUCCCAUAUGCACCACAUAGUCUUUUGUUCUACUUCUUUCGUUGGCUGUUCUCUUCGGUAAUCAGAAAUAUAUUGAAAACUAUCUCCAAUCAGAUGGUAUCAACGUUGAAAUCUGAUGUGUAUCAAGAUGAGAAGUUCAUUCCAAAGAGUUCGUUUCGUACAUCUGAGAAUAGCGUUCGUAUGACCAAAGAAUUCGCUCAAUUGAUUCGUGAUGGUCGAAUUGUACGAAAACUGGCAUCUAUUGAUGAAAUUAUCGAUAGUACGACCAUUCAUCUUAGUUCAAAUGAAUUCCUACAAGCAGAUAUGAUUAUCUGUGCUACAGGUUAUUUGGAAAAAUUUCCUUUUCUUUCUCGAACAUUUCAUCGUGCACUUGGUCAAGACAACACCGAUGAAAGUGUUGAUCUUGAUCUCUAUCGUCGUAUAGUUCCUGUUGGAAUUCCGAAUAUUGCCUUUAUUGGUUUACCAGCUAGUUUAAAUACAUGGAUGUUUUUCGAAGUGCAAUCCCAUUGGACGUCUGAUUAUUUUCUCGGUCGGAUUCGAUUGCCAGAAACGGAAAAGGAAAUGUUCGAAGAAAUUCAAACAACACGAAAUUUCAUUCGCCGGUUAUUCAAUCGAAAAUCUUACUAUUUUCAAUAUUACUGGUUAGAACCAAUUGAAAUUUAUCUGCAAGACAUGGGUCUGUCAUUGCAUCGAACCAGUAAUUGGAUAUCAGAGUACUUUGGAGCUUAUCGGCCGAAACGUCUGGCUAAUUUACAUGAAGAACGGCAUUAUAAGUAUCGUCAUUGGACUUCAUAUCACAUGCAAAAUAUGUCUAACUCGGACACUACAGUCGAAUUGUCAUUGAGUUCAUCUUCCAUCUAUCAUUUGUAUCGACGACGAUUCUAUAUUAUUUCUGUUUUUGGUUUGCUCGCUUUCAAUCAAUGUCUCUUCUGGUUAACAUUCUCUCCCAUUGCGAGAAAUGCAGAAAUUUAUUAUAACACAACCGAAGCGACGAUCGAUCUUCUUCUCAAUUGGGGAAAUAUUAUCUGCAUUCCGACGUUUCCAUUAGCUUAUCUUUUGCUAAACAAACAACAAGGUCUUCGAUUUUCGAUGAUUUUGUUUGCUGGCAGUUCUCUUGUUGCCUGUCUACUGCGAAUUGUUCCAUCAAUAAUCAGCUGGUCAUCAAACGUGCAAUUCCACUCGAUUGCUGUGCCGUUUUUACAUGCUGGCCAGAUCCUUAAUGCUGCCUGUGCUCCACUAGUGCAAGUGUCCGUAUCGCAGAUAUCUUGCAUAUGGUUUGGUCCGAACGAAAGAACGCGAGCGACAACAUUUGCCAUUACGAUCAAUAGUUUUGGAGCUGCGGUUGGAUUUCUUAUCAGUCCAUGGAUUGUCGACACGCCUGAGCAUGUUCCUCGUCUUCUCUACAUUCAUGCGGGACUUGCUUUCGUUGCUUUUGCUUUGACUGUGAUCUAUUUUCCUUCGAAUCCGCCCACAGCCCCAUCACCCGCUGCUGAACGUCUCAGUUCCUAUUCGUGCGAUGGCCGCAAUUCGAGUCUCCUACAACGUUUUAUGAGAGAUCUUUGGCAAUGCAUGAUCACGCCAUCAUUCAUGCUUCUCUCCAUCGUCGGUGGUCUGACAACUGGAACAUUCAGUGCGUGGACAGGUUUGUAUGACGUCAUUCUUGCACCUGAAAACUAUACCGAAGAGCAAGCAGGUUGGUUUGGUUUUAGUUCGAUCCUAGCAGGAAUGAUCGGUGGAUUCUGUCUGGGUGCACUUGCCGACAUGCACCGUUUCCAUCGUUCACUUAAAAUACUGAUGAUCUCGUCCUUGAUUGGCUGUUUUCUCUCGAUUGUUUGGUUUGAACUUUCAGUUCAUACCCUAUUCUAUGACGACGCUAUUCUAUCAUCCACACCUAUCACUAUUGGAUUGUCUAUUGCCAUGGCUGGCCUUUUCCAAGGAGCAUCGGCACCAUUGAUUUUCGAAUCACUUGCUGAAAUUAUGUUCCCACUACCUGAAUCCAUAUCGGCAUUGGCAAUCAAUCAAUGGAAUAAUGUUUCUGGCCUCAUUCUCCUUUUCCUCGCACCCAAUCGAUAUAAACUGAUGAAUUUAUUAGUAUUGAUUGUCAUUGGUGUUUGUAUUCUGAUGAUUGCUGUAUCAAAAGUGACAUAUCAAAGACGCAACGACGAACGAACGAGAUUACUCGAUCAGCAACACGAUAAAACUUCAAAGACAGAACACUCAUGUGAUAGCUCAAUCAUCAAUUAG